GACAUCGCGCGUAAAUUGAAUCGCGACAUAACACGAUCGCUGCAACUGAAUUUAAAGAUUCAAACGUAUUCCUUAAAAAAAGUUGUGUUAUUUUUGAAUAAACAGUGCAUUGAAUUAUUUCUUUCGCUACCAAAUAAAAUUGCUGCUCAAACAUGGCAGCGCAGAAAGAGAAAUCGAUUUCCACUGCCGUUACCGCCGAGCAGGAGGAAGACGAUUACGGACCCUUGUUGAUCAACAAACUUGAGGUAAAUGGCAUAACAUCCGGGGAUUUGAAGAAGCUGGCAGAAGCCGGUUUUCACACAGUCGAAGCGGUUGCUUUCGCACCCAAGAAACAACUGCUAGCCAUCAAGGGCAUUUCGGAAGCCAAGGCCGACAAAAUCCUAAUCGAGGCUACCAAACUUGUUCCGAUGGGAUUCACGACAGCCACCGAGUAUCACCAGAAGCGGUCGGAAAUUAUACAGCUUACCACGGGUUCCAAGGAGCUGGACAAACUGUUGGGUGGAGGUAUCGAAACUGGCAGCAUCACCGAGCUUUUCGGAGAGUUCAGAACGGGUAAAACCCAGCUAUGCCACACACUUGCGGUAACGUGCCAACUGCCGGUGAGUCAGAACGGUGGCGAAGGUAAAUGUUUAUACAUUGACACUGAGGGUACAUUUCGGCCAGAAAGAUUGCUCGCGGUUGCCGAACGCUACAAACUGGUCGGAUCGGAUGUCCUGGACAAUGUUGCCUACGCACGUGCCUACAAUUCGGAUCAUCAGAUGCAGCUGCUGGUGACCGCCUCAGCCAUGAUGGCUGAAUCCCGCUACGCACUAUUAAUCGUAGACAGCGCAACUGCCCUAUUUCGAACGGAUUACAGUGGCCGGGGUGAGCUAAACGCUCGGCAGGUCAAUUUAGGUAAAUUCAUGCGAAUGCUGUUAAGACUGGCAGACGAAUUCGGGGUUGCGGUUAUAAUUACGAACCAGGUCGUAGCACAGGUAGAUGCCGCGGCCAUGUUUACGCCGGACCCCAAGAAACCCAUCGGUGGACACAUUCUUGCCCACGCAUCGACGACUCGACUAUAUCUACGCAAAGGACGAGGAGAAACUCGGAUUUGCAAAAUUUAUGACUCGCCUUGCCUUCCCGAAAGUGAGGCCAUGUAUGCCAUCAACGCAGACGGCAUAGGCGAUUGCAAGGAAUAGAUUAAUGAUCGUUUUGUUGUGUACUUUACUUAAUCGACACGAAUGAGACAAACUAAUGUAAAUAUAUUCUAUUCAGUUUUAAA